GGGGCAGCAUGUCGGGGCUGGAGGUGCUGUCUGCGCAGGGCUUCCGCCUGGAUGGGCGGCGGGCGGCGGAGCUGCGCCAGCUGCGCGCCCGCAUGGGGGUCUUCGCGCAGGCCGACGGCUCCGCCUACCUGGAGCAGGGCAACACCAAGGCCCUCGCCGUCGUCUACGGGCCCCACGAGAUGCGUGGCUCCCGCAGCAAAGCCCUGCACGACCAGGCGCUGGUGAACUGCCAGUUCAGCAUGGCCACCUUCAGCACCGGGGACCGCAAGCGCCGGCCCCACGGCGAUCGAAAGUCCAGCGAGAUGACCCUGCACCUGAAGCAGACCUUCGAGGCCGCCAUCCUCACACAGCUCUACCCCCGCUCCCAAAUCGACAUCUACGUGCAGAUCUUGCAAGCAGACGGUGGGAAUUACUGCGCCUCUGUGAAUGCGGCCACACUGGCGGUCAUCGACGCUGGUAUCCCAAUGCGGGAUUACGUGUGCGCAUGCUCAGCCGGCUUCAUCGAGGACACGCCCUUAGCCGACCUGAAUUACGUGGAGGAGGCCGCAGGGGGCCCCCAGCUGGCCCUGGCACUGCUGCCCAAGUCGGACCAGAUCGCCCUGCUGGAGAUGAACGCCCGGCUGCACGAAGACCACCUGGAGCGCAUCAUCGAGGCCGCCAGCAAGGCCUGCAAAGAUGUCUACGCCGUGCUCGACCAGGUGGUGCGCGAACAUCUGCAGGAGGUCACUGCGCUGCUGGGGAAGUGA